GUGGAAGUGAAGGUGCAAGUGGUGGUGGCGUUGGAAGGAGAGGCGAGAGUUGGACUAAAAAAAAGUAGGAGAAAGAGCUGAAAAAUUAAAAAAAAGGAGCAUACGUAUAGUCGAAGAUGAGAAAGUAAUUACGCGUGUAGGUUAAAGGAAGAGUUAUCAUAUACAGUGACGCAUCAAAGACAUAUUUCGGUGUUUGAUUCGGUAUUAAGAUUAUAAAUUUGGUGAAUGACUGAACGAAGCAACAACGGUUGUUGUUGGUACAAGGAGUAGCUGUCGACGUUGGAGCCAAACGCGUGAGAAAAUUGGUCGGAGCGUAUGCACCGACUGGCACGGAUACAGACAUUAAACCUAUCAGCCCUCCUCAUCGUUGACAGAGUUCUCUCUCAAUCGUAAUAAAGUUCAAUGUUACGCAACUAAAACAAUGACAAAAUUAUGAAAAAAACAGAAAAUACGUGACACGCAGAAGACAGUUCUUGUGCACAUAUAGAGAAGAAUAGGUUGUGUGAGAAUGGAACAAUUAUAGGUAAAAACGACAGCUACAUAUUGGGAAGAAGAAAAGCAAGCUAAAGCGAGGCUACGUUGUAUUCGCGUUGUAAACGUUCGUUACCGGUGUACGGUAUCCUUGUGGAAGGGAAAACUGUUAGUCGAUAACGAUGAUCGAAUUUUCUUAAGUCGCGAACGUAUCAGUAGGGCUGACUUCGAUUUAAUUCGGUGUUCUUCGAGGGAAAUGAAGCUGCCGGCGCGUAUAAUCCACCAUGGAGGACAACGACCGUCACCGCGCUACGAGGAGCCGUGUCAACUUAGCGAUUCGCUACACUAUGCAUCGGCAACAGAGGCUUCGUUCCUCAUCGUCAUCUUUAUCAUCGUUAACCUUACCGCUCUCGAUGUCUCGUUCAUCCAUCCCAUCCACAACUACAUCGAUAUCGUCUGUAACGAUGCCGUCUUCUACGACAACCUCAACGUCGCCAUCGCCGUCGCCAUCGACGCCGUCGUCGCCGUUAUCGUCGUCAUCGCCGUUGUCAUCGUCGUCCAUCUUUCUACCAUUGUCAACGACGUGGCCGACAUCGAACUUGUCGUCAUAUUCCUGGAGCGUACAACAAACCUCAUGUUCGAGGUUACCUUCGUUACCGAGCGAAUCGUCGAUCGUGUCAACUGUAUCGAUACCCUGCCCAAAACUCGUCUCUGUGUUAGCUUGGUCUGUGACACUGUUACUCGUUUCGUCGUGCAUCGGUCUAACGGACGCUGGCAUCUUGAAUGGACAUCCUUUGGGUAAAAGGUCCUUUAUCGAUAUUCAAUGUAAGGGUAUAUACGAUAAAAGUAUCUUUGCCCGGCUGGACCGUAUCUGCGAGGAUUGUUAUAACCUGUUUCGGGAACCUCAAUUACAUCAACUAUGCAGGAAAAACUGCUUUACAUCAGACUACUUCAAAGGAUGCUUAGACGUACUGUUGUUACAAGACGAAGUAGAGAAGAUCCAAACAUGGAUCAAGACACUUCAUGGAGCGGAACCCGGGGUUUAGGCAAAACUGCUUUGGUACGCAAUACUUCAGCAGCUGCGUUCAAGCAUUGCUGCUUGAAGAUGAAAAGGAAAAGCUUUUGGAGAUGGUCGAGUACCUAGGCGGCAAGAAGUAAGAAGAAAAGAACACAGAGGCGCUUUCAUUACGAAGACUUUCAUUUACACGACAUCUACGAUGAACGAUUCUAACAAGACCAACGAGGAACUACGAGAAACGAGAAGCUAUAAGAAACAAUUUCGACAAUGAUUUUCCGCAGAAUUUUGAGUAACUUAUCAACAUUCGUUCAUGCUAUUUCCUUCGCAACGUCCGAAAGAUCGAACAACCCUGAACUGGGAAUUCGAGGCACGCUACGCAAUCAUACCUCUUCCUUUCAUUUCCAGGAUGCAUCAAAUGGAUUAGCAGUAAAUGUAAUUGAUUACUACACGCAUACACUCGUUCACACGGAGAGAGCGGGGAAAUGGGAGAGAAAAAGAAUGAGACAUGCAAAUAUGCAUCCGGGAAGAAACAAAUCUUUACAGAAACAGAUUGAAUUUUAAACAGAUUUAAUGGGCGAAUAUUCGAUGAAUUAUCAGUUAAAUAAAUCAGCAAAAUUUCUGCUUUUGCUAUAAGGCAAUCACAGAUCUACCGACAGAUCGAUGUGAUUGUAGACGUAAUAAAGUAUUAGUUAAAUUAUUCAUUUUUAUCGUUAUCUCAGCUUCGUCUCAUUCGUUUUUCUCCUUUUUCAAAGCAGUGCGUAUCAAAGCAUGAAAACGAAGUGGUAUGAGCUAAGUUUGCGUGCUAAUGAACCCAUAUACGAAUCUAGUCGACAGAAUAUUUGCGUUUUAUUCAAUUAAUCAUUAAUUAUUUACUUUAAAUACCGUCGUCCGUUAUUACAACGAUUAUUAUUUUUUAUCCUUUUAUAUUGAUAUUAUAAUUCUUAGAAAACUAGCAAUCGUACAUGUUACUUAUUCAGUAUAUGAUUCCAAUGGUUAAAGUAGAUUGAUAGAUAGUUAAAUAGAUAGAUAGAUAGAGCCUUUAUGAUGGUUUGUCGCAAUUACCAUUAAAAAUCUCGCCCAAACCGCUUUAUAUGCACUUGUGGAAGAGGACAAGAUUUUCGUUAUAGAUUUUAGUAAUAGACUUCGAUUCGAUCGUCAAAAUGUUCAAAUGAUUGGCUAAAGCAGGGCAUUCGAUACAAAAACCGAGAAAGAUUCAUGGAUCAAAUUAACACUACGUCACCAAUUAUCUACAGUAUUUCUAUUAUUAAUGCUAUAAUGUUACUGCUGCUACCACUAUUACUAUUACAAUUGCCGCUCUACAAAAACUACAAAAACAGUAAAAAUAAUUAUACUGUUGUUGUGGUUGUUAAAUCAUUGCUAUUGCUACCUCCAAUAGUACUGCUAUCGCUACUGUGACCGUUACUACUGCUAUUGUCGUUGCAAUUGUAUAUAAGUAAAAUUAGUUGCAUCGUCACUCUCGUUGCUACUCUAUUUCCACUUUCACCAUAACUAUUACAUCUACUAAUACUAUUGUUUCAGUUAUUGCUACUAUUAACUUCAACUACAACAGCAAUGCAACGAUAUCGAUAUCAUCAUUGAAUACUAUUGCAGUUGCUAUCGUUUUUAUUGCUGCUAUUCUUAUUGAUUAUUACUACAGCUGCUACUGCUACUUCUACUAUUACAACCCUUACUAUUACUAUCGCUACUAUUAUUAUCGUUAGUACUAUUACUAUUACUAUUACUAUUAUUAACUUAUUGCUAUUGCUACGACUAUGACUUCUAUUACUGAUAUUGUGUUAUACUAUAUUAUAUUAUUUUAUAUUAUAUUGUUAGUUUAUAGCAUACUUAUUGUUGUUUAAUUGCUACGACAGUGUGACAACUUCGAGCCAACCUUUGAUUAUUUGGAAAAAUAUAGGGAAGCGAACAAAAUUGCGUGGUGUAGAUAGCUAAAACAACGACCAAUGCGAAUACUCGGUUGUUCAUGAGUCGAACGAUGAACGGAGUUAUGCGUAUGUAGUAAAUGUAUAAUAUUUAUUUAUUUGUUUACUUUUUUAGUUUGAGAAAGGCGAUCGUAAAGCGGUCACAAAACUUACGCAACAAUAUUCUUCGAAAUAGUUAUUGUAUGAAAAAAGUUACGAUCGAAAUUAAUCAUUUCCGCGUAUAAGUUUACAGCCCGAUAGAUGAUCUCUGAUUAUCAAGCAGGAACCGUUAAGUGGAUACUAUGAAAAUUCCAUUAACGUUACUAAAUAUUAUUUAUUGUUCUAACACUCGUCCCAAUCCUGGGAAUUACGAACCAUUCCAAAAUCAGUAUUGAACCCAUUCCGAUAUCGUUCCGAAAUCUCAUCGCCGAUAUAUAUCCGUUUCUACCUCGUAACAUAUGUAACUGUUCCUCGAAAUCAUCUACACACUUUCGUUACCGAGUCUUGCGAAUGUCGCCGUUACAACAGAUAAAACACCGAUUAUCCACUCUUCGUUUUACGAUAUAUAAUGUAUUUUAUGUAUGUAUAUCGAUGGUAACCCAUUGCUCAUGUCACCAGGUACGUAGGUAGAAACGAAAAAGACGCGGCGUGAUGUGCGUAUAUUAUUUGAUUUAAUUCGAUUCUUUUAUAAUUUUCUCUCCCCCCCCCCCUCUCUCUCAUUCUGUUUCUCUCUAUACAUAUAUAUAAAGUAUACUAUAUCACAUCUUAUAUAGUAUAUAAUAUAUACUAUCUGAUAUAUAAUAUAUAAUGUAUAAUAUAUAUUAUAUACUUUAUAUACAUACAUACAUGUACAUACUGUACAUUAUACGUAUACUUUAUAUUCCAUACGCAUAAAGUGUAACGUAUAAACACACAUGUAUAUGCGUCAAAAAUUACGUACACGCGCUUCAUGUACCUAAGCGACGUGUACGCACACAUAUGUGUACGCGUACGAUUAUUGACACGGAUAUUUAAAUCUAUUCUUGUUUUGCGUGAAUAAAGAUGAUUCAAAAAUGAA